AGUUUGCCUGAAUGUCUGGUGAGUGCAUAUGUCAAUGGCAUGAUCUUCCGGCAGAGUUAAAAGUAGAAGUUUUGCGUUAUUUGCCAUUCCAGUCUAUCAUGCGUUUCAUGCUCCUAAGCAGAGAGAGCUAUUUUUUAGCUUCACAAGCAAAAAUUAAGGUAUUCAAAGUACAGUAUCGCGGAAGAAACCAGUGCCACAUUCUGAGUAUCGCUUGGGCUAAACAUGAAAAGGAAUCUUAUAGUUGGUAUGAGGUGGAGAUUCUUCAGAACAGUGCUGAAGGAAGCGUGAUAAUUGAUUCAAAAGGUAGACGCAUUUAUUGCGAAAACGAUGCCGACUCAGUGGGCAUGCAAGUGCUUUUUCACUACACAAAACUCUUCGAUGUUCAAGAUGUAGAAAUAGAAGAACUUGUGAUGUCGUCAGGACUUUAUUGCAUGCUGCAUGGACAAUUGGAUGGUUUGACUUUGCACGCAAAACGCUUCACACUUUCCACUAACGACAAUCAACUAAUAUCGUCGCUUAUACCUUUUUUACCAAGUCAUUUAUCUUCUAUCGUCAUCUACACUGUCCAUCUCAGUCUCAAUGUUAUAACUACAACGAUAAGUAGUGACGUAUUCGAACAUGAAGCAGUACGCACGGCUCGAGAGCUCAACACUGAGAGCUUUAGCGCAGAUCUUUCCGACAAACAGAUAUGCAAUUUGAAAGCGUCUACGCUAUGCGUAUCUUCUCCACACAUUACUUCUCGCUCUAUCAAUCAAAUGAUACUUCAAUGGUUCAAAGGAGAGCGUGAAAUCAACUUAAUUGCUAUAAGCACUAACGGAGACUUGUCAUGGAGUCAGCUUCUCAACGAGAUAGAUCCUGAACGCAUUCAAGCUGGAAGUCCGCAUGGGAAUCCAGAUGUGGUGGCUAAAGUGUUGCACUCUGACCAUGGAAAUAUCUAUAUCGCUGUAUGCGACAACUACUGUGAAAUGGGACGUCCUCGUUGUUGUUUUGUACGAUACAUACCGCAUAUAAUUCGUUAAGAAAGUUACCGAGCCUGGAUUUUGCCGAAGUCCGCAUCAUCUUAUCGCUAGUUCAGAGUAGACGCAGC